UGCAUAGUACUAUAUCUUAUAUCUUUUUCAAUCUUGAUAAUCCUUGUGUGUCUAUCGACGAAUUUCCUUGCAGGCAUGUCUAAAGCACAGCUUUCCUCCUUAUGCUUGUUUGUCUUCCUCGUAGCACAACUCUUUCAUCUCUCUAACGGGGACGUUGGCACUGCAGCCCGCUACACGACACCAUAUAUACCCACAGCCUGUGGUGGGAAUGAUCCGUCACAGUUCCCUUCGAACAACAUGUUUGGGGCAGCAGGUGAAGGCGUAUGGGACAAUGGUGCAUCUUGUGGGAGACAAUAUCUGGUGAGGUGCAUAAGUGCCUCUGUGCCUAAAACUUGCAAACCAGGCGAAACCAUUCAAAUUAAAAUUGUGGAUAGAGCGCAAACGUCGGUUUCGAGGCCUUCACAGGAUGGCACUACAAUCGUCCUCUCCACCACCGCAUAUGAUGCAAUUGCCAAUGGUGGUACUUCAUCCAUUAACAUUGAAUUUCAGGAGGUUUGAAAUAUAUCAAUUAUAACCAAAUAUAAAAUUGUUAUUUUCUCAAGUAAUGGAAGGUCAACAUCUUCGAUAUUUCUGGAAACUUGAGGAUGCAUAAUUUCACUUCUUUGGUUCAGUAGCUAAAUAUAUAUAUAUAUAUAUAUAUAUGUAUGUCAAUUAAUUAAUUCUAAUGUACUCUUUAUGGCCUAAUCUAAAAGGCUAGUUCGGCACAAUACCAUCUCCUGUGUUGUCUCUUAAAUUUUUUUUAUUAAAUAAGCAAUUAAUUUCGUCCUAA